UCCAAAGAGACCAAAGAUGAAAAUGCCUCAGCUUGUCCUCCUCCUCCUCGUGCUGAUGAAUGCAGCAGCAGGCUUCCCUGUGGACAGAAGGGACAAGCAAGCCUCCUGGGACGACGUCAACGUGGUGGCUCACGGCUUGCUGCAGCUGGGCCAAGGUCUGAAGGAGCACGUCGACAAGACCAAAGUCCAGAUGAGGGACAUCACCGGCAAACUGAAAGCCUUCAACAGCACCAUAACUGCACUUGAGAGAAAGCAGCAGGAGAAAGAUGACGGCCUCAAGGUGGAAACCACUGAGGUGAAGGCCAAGGUGGAGGAGGUGAUGAAGCAGAACAAGGACAUCCACUCCCGCAUGGACAGACUUGAGGAGAAAAUGGAGGAAGCGCUUCAAGUGACACCUAACGCCAGCUUCAGAGAUGCCAACUCAGCGAUGCCAUUUAUUCAGAGAGUCCUGGCUGCUCAGAACAGACGUAUUGACCAGCUGGUGGACAAGAUCAGGCAGCAACAAGACAAGCUGGAGAAGCAUAGCUUACACCUGCAGGCGCUGCAGGACAAGGUUGCAAGCAAGAGGGUAAAAUUCCACAGGCGGAGGGAUGAGGAGACCACUCUGCGGGGCGACGCGGCACCAAGUGACACCAAAAAUGGCGUAGGCCGAGAUUGCCACGACCUAUUUGUCCACGGGCAGCGAGCCAGCGGCAUCUACACCAUCCAACCGCUCAACUCGCAGCCGUUCAACGUCCUCUGUGAAAUCACCUCAGAGGGUGGAUGGACCAUCAUCCAGAAGCGUCUUGAUGGAUCCCAGAGCUUUAAUCAUCUUUGGGAGAGCUAUAAAAAAGGAUUCGGGAGCCUAAACGGUGAAUUCUGGUUGGGCUUGGACAACAUUCACGCAAUCGCCCAACAAGGCCAGUACCUACUACAGGUGGAACUCUCCGAUUGGGCGGGGCAGAUGCAAGCGACUCGUUAUCAAUUCCGACUUGAUGGAGAGGAGGAGAAGUAUGCUCUCCACCUGGAACAGGAGUCUACAUCAGGAGCUGGGGAGGAAGAAAGCAUCCUGACAGGCGCCUCAGGUCUUCCCUUCUCCACAGUCGACAGCGACAACGACCUCGCUGCCGACGCCAACUGUGCCGAGCUUCACUCAGGAGGUUGGUGGUUCAGCGGCUGCGGCGCAUCAAACCUUAACGGCAAAUACCCCAGAAGGCUCGGCCUGGUCAAGAGGUCGCAGCCGAGGAGGAUGUUUUGGGUGAACACAAGGGGAGAAAACAAUCCACUGAGGACAACCCUUCUGAAGCUUGCACCCACGUCCAUAAACCAACAAUAAAGUCUCAAGCACGAGGCGCAAUUAAAUACUGGGAAAAAAAGCUGCCAAAGUUAAACCUGCACAUUUAUUAUGUAUUUAUUUAUUUAUAAAGCUGUAUAUUAUUCUCUUCAAUAGUUUAAUGCUGCAAAUAUAUUAUUUGUAAGAAAUGAAUGAAAAUAAAGUUCUUUAAAUAAAUAACACACAAAAAGGAAUACAUAAGGCACAUUUAGAUUCGUAGAUUUCGUUUUUUGUGUGUUAUUUAUUAUUUAUUUUUUUGUCAUUGUUGGUUGAUUUAUUAUGUUUUGGAUAUGUGUGUAUUUUUUUAUGGGGAAAAAAAAGAAGCAAUGUUAAAGGAUAAGAUAAUAUGUAAUCCAUGUUAAGCUCAUUGCAAUAAAGUAACAAAAAAAGAAAAUAAAGUUCUUUAAGUUA